CACUCCUUCACCUGUUCCGGAAGCUCGCCCCCCCGGUGGCCCGGGACCUCCUCCCCGCCGCGUCCCCCUCCUUGGGUCAUCGGGUCUACUUUGUGGAGCGGGCACGCUCACUUCGGGUGGCGGAACAAAGGCCCGAGUCCUUGCUGUGCUCGUCUCUCGGGUGACUGAGCCUCGAUCCCAUCGUCCGAUAGUAGGGUCGGCCGGGGUGCCCGUCCGCAGGGGAGGGUGACCCCGUUUAGCCGCUGUCCGUUCCGAUGACCGACCUCUCCCCACGCCCCCACGCCGGCAUCUGUCUCGCCUGGAUCUUAGCCCGCGCCUUCCCGGCUCCUUCCGGUGUCCCCACCUGCGUGUCGCGGUCGGGGUGAGAUCCACCGGUGCGGUGCGUGGCACGCCCGGCUGUCCAUCCCUCCGGCCCCUGCAGACCGCUGGUCCGCCGUACUUCUCGCUGUGUGCUCUGUCACCCGCUUCUGCCUGUUUUUGUCCCUCCCCACCCUACCACGUCCCCGGACUUUCCCUCCCGAGAAUGUUUUCCUUCGCCCUGUGCUCUCACCUGAUGUCGAGCCGGUGAGGGUGAGGUAAAGCCUGGAGUCUGUCCCCGUGUGUGUCACCCCGUCAUCUUCCCGUGACUCCGGAGGGUCUCCCUGUCCCCAGCCCGCCCAGGUCUCCGCCGCAUUCCCCAGAGCAGGAAGACACCGGUCCCGCCGUCCCGUGUGCUGUGUGGGGCUGGAUUUUUAGCGGGGUCGUCGUGGUUACCGAAGCAUUUUUGAGUACCUGGGAACGGGGUGGGAGGGAUGAGCGAAUGGGCCGCGUGCCCUCUGGUGCCCUCGGGAUCCCUGCUUCGCCCCUCCCGGCCUCCCCGGAGGAGACAAUGCCGCUUUGAUAACCCUCUCUCCUCUCUCCCGCCUGCCUGGCAGGCGCUCUGCUGAGAUUUCUCAGCCGGCGAGGCAGGGCCGACGCUGUGGUGCCCAGCACGGCUCUCCCGACCCCUGGGCCUUGGGGGCCUCCUCCCCGCUCACACCUGCGCCCUCUUGGUGUCCUGCAGGGACAUCAUGUCCAUCUACAAGGAGCCGCCCCCGGGCAUGUUCGUGGUCCCGGAUACUGUGGACAUGACCAAGAUCCACGCGCUGAUCACAGGCCCCUUCGACACUCCCUACGAAGGCGGUUUCUUCCUGUUCGUGUUCCGGUGUCCGCCCGACUAUCCCAUCCACCCUCCUCGGGUCAAACUGAUGACCACGGGCAACAACACCGUGCGGUUUAACCCCAACUUCUACCGCAAUGGCAAGGUCUGCUUGAGCAUCCUAGGACCCGUGUCUCUUCGGGUGCCUUUUUUCUCUGCCUCCCAUUUUGCAUUUGACACCAUGGUGUUUGUCAAAUUGCAGGAGAGACAUCCAGGAGACAGCAAAAACUACAACGAAUGUAUCCGGCACGAGACCAUUAGGGUCGCGGUCUGUGACAUGAUGGAGGGGAAGUGUCCCUGCCCCGAGCCCCUGCGAGGUGUGAUGGAGAAAUCCUUCCUGGAGUACUACGACUUCUACGAGGUGGCCUGCAAGGAUCGCCUGCACCUUCAGGGCCAGACCAUGCAGGACCCUUUCGGGGAGAAGCGGGGCCACUUCGACUACCAGUCCCUCCUCAUCCGCCUGGGCCUCAUCCGCCAGAAAGUGCUGGAGCGGCUGCACAGCGAGAACGCCGAAAUGGACUCUGACAGCAGCUCCUCGGGGACAGAGACGGACCUGCACGGGAGCCUGAGGGUGUAGACCCUGCUGCCCCGUCCCGCAGGCCCUUCCCACCCCAGGACGGGGCAUCGCUGCAGGGUCCGGGGUGUGGGUGGGCUGCUCCCUUCUGACCUCCUUGGCCCCAAAGCCUUGGGGCUGUGUCCCUUUGGGAGCCCCCAGCUAGGGCCCAGCCAAACCCAGACCGACACCUCCACACCCGCGGCCACGGUCCUGGGGAGGGCAGAGGGGUGCACAGGGGGCUCAGGUGGGGGCUUCUGACUAGGAGCAGGCUGUCUGUCUGUGUGUCUGUCUGUGUGUCUGUCUGUCUGCAGGCUCCCAGCGCCCUUCUCCCGGCCUCUCCCCCUGUAGUUACUUCCCGGGCCAGCAGACUCCUUCCCCUAAUUUAUAGUCACUGUUCUAGACAGACCAAAGACAGGAACAGUGGCGGGGCCCAGGCUGCUGAGGGUCAGCUGCACCGAGCACCAAGCACCUUCCCCCCCACCUCCCUCAGGCUUCGGGCAGAAGGGAACCCAGCCCGUCCAGCGAGGCCCUGCACAGGCCCGAGGCCGGAGUACGGUCCUCCCCGCGAUCAGAUUGGAGAAGCGCCCGGCAGGCGGCUGUGGUGUGGGUGGGGACUGGGGCCACCCCCGCGUGGCCCUUGCAGGGUGUUGUGGACAGCGGGGGGCGGGGGGCUGCUGGAGACCUCAGCGCAUUUUGUGCGGCUCUCCGUGUCCCUUCCCCCAGCCCAGCCCCCUCAGUCCCACCCCAGGUUUGCGGAGAGCUGGUCCGCUGUUGCUUCCCUGUUCAGCCCAGUGCUGGUUGUUGGAAAGGCGAGGGUUAGGCGCCCUGUGCUCUGGCACUGGGACGCGCCCGCUGUUUUUGUGUUUGCAGGUUGCUUGUUAGGGCCCCGCGGGUGGCGCCAGCCGUG